GACAACAGCACACAGGCUAAAAGCGCGGACACGAAACUUUGCGUUGGCGGCGAACAAUGCUCUAAAAUGGGGGUUCUCGGGAGCGUACAUGUAAAAAUACAGGAACAACUCAAGAAUGCCUCGUUGCAUAAUCAAUAUCGGAUACCCGAGCGGUGAAUAGAGUGCUUCAUUUGAAUUUUAAACCAACCGGUAUAGUGAAGUUCGCUCUUUUCUGGACCCAAUGGAGACACCGUCCCCAAAUGUCAGGCGUCAUGCCUGGGUGCACAGCAGCUGGCUUACUCUGGAGGAGACGGAACAUCAGGCCCCAGACCCAGCAACCGCGGGCCUGCACCUGCCCAUUCAGGAGGAUGAUGUCUUUCUGGGAGUUUCCACAGGAUGUGCUACAGGAAAGAUUGAAACCUGGCUUCAAGGCUGUGGGCCAGACACUGGACUAGAGGAGGGUAGAGCUGAUCCUGCUCACGUAACUUUGGAGUCUUUACUGAAAACGUGUAACAGUUUUGAAGAUGACCUGAGUCUAGGAGCUGAGGCCACUGUGUUGCACGAUGUGGACAGACCAUCAGUGGGGUGCCGUCCCGUGCUCCUGCCCCCUCCAAAAUCACGUCAGAAAAAAUUUACCACGAGCACACGUCAGCAGAGGCUUACUCUUCCACUCUUUAAUAUGGGCCAGAGCAUGGCUUCCAGCUGCCUGUCCUCCGCCACCAAUAAGACGGCCUCAAGUAUCUCGGAGGUUCUUCAGAUGUGCACUGAGGAUGCAGAGGAAACCCUGUACCAGUUGGGGUUUGGGUGUGACGAGCCACAGGUCACGGCGCGAAUCCCUUCCCGCUUCUUCAACUUCCCUUCGCAACUGCGCGGCAUCAAUUUCCGCCUCUUCUUGGAGUCACAGCUCCAUCGGGUCAGUCAAGAGGACCCAAACCUGUCCCUUGCUAGUCGUUUCAGGCAAGUGGAGGUGUUGACAGCGAUGGCCAAUGCAUUUUACUCCCUCUAUUCACACGUGUCCAGGACUCCCGUCCAGAAACUUGCGCCGCCCGAAUUCAGCUUUUCCCCUGCGGCUGAAAAGCGUAUCGGAGUGCGCUUCUUCGGCAGUGUCCGCAGCGAGCCUCGCUCACCCGUGGAGAGGCUCAAGGACACCGUUUCGAAAAUGUGCCUCUUUGCUGGCUCUCGUACCUCCGACUCCUCUUCACCGCACAACUCACCCAGGAAGCGGUGCAGUAUCCCCGAAAUACCAACCCAGUUGGUAAACACAGACAUGAAGGCUUCAGGACAUUCAGAACCUGGAGGAGGAAAAUGUGCAGGGCUUGCAGAAAAAAAUAUGGGACAUAUCACUAAUGUAAACCCUAAUAUAGAAAAAGGAACAGGCAAGGGAUCUGAAAGGAGGACUUUUGAGAAUGUGACUCCUCAAACAGGUCUUGACAGCACCGAGCACUCAAGGACAUUGUUAUCAGGUUCAAGGAAGAUCUCUCAAGACUCGGUUAACAACUGCAGAGUAAGACUCACAUUUUCUGAUCCUUGCCAAACCCAGAGUGCUGUUGGUGACGCAAACAUUCCAGAAAUUUCCCAAAGGCCAGUAACCCUCAACCUCCAGUCACACGACUUGUUUCAGGCUCCCGUGGCCCUUGUGCCCAAGGUGACUCAUGACAUUAUCUGCCCUCCCAUUGUAGAGGAGGUGCACCAAGCACCGUACUGCACUCCACAGGACUUCAAAACCUCAGCGUCCCAUAGGUGCUUUGGGGGACAGUCCAUUUCAGACAUCUCCGUCACAACUUCACCCUCAGAACUGUACGAACAGACAGUUUGUCUCAAGUUACGAGAGGGCGAACCCACAAGUAUCCCUAAAACCUGUUCUGAACAUCAUUCGGUGGAUGGUGAGUCGCCUGCACCAUCAUCAUCCCAUCCCAGCACAAGCAGACGCGUGUCCCCAUGUCAGAUACUGGUGACAGGUUGGGACGGUGAAGCCAUGCACGGGGACACUGCAGAAGAUGUCCCUCCUGUCACCACGUGCGCUCCCUCUGCCUCUAUUCCAUCUCAGACACCGCUCUCAAACGUCUGGAGGGACCGGAGGUACCUGAGCCCCCUCAAGGGUGCAGAGCAGGCCCGACUCAUCCACGAACCCAAGCAUGCCAAUUCCUUUGAACUAGAAGAGGUGCACAGUGCUGGGGAAGAUGAUGUGGGACAAUCCGACCUUGGGACACGCGCCUCCUUCUCCCUCUCUGCUAUUGGUCAGAACAAAAGUUUGCCUCCGAGAGGGGACAGUUUCCAAUCGGACAGCAGUGGCUACGCUGAGGAUGACGUGCACCUCCUGGCUUAGGAAUCCACUCACCCUGAUUGCUACUCUGUUUCGUGGUUGGGUCUAUGUGCACUGGAACAACACAUUGUGCAAAACAGUUUUACUAGCUUUUAGUGUACUUUAAACCUUGACCUCUGCAGACAAUUUACAUGCAAGCAUAAAUCCUUUGUAAAAUAUACAAAUUAGGCCACAGUGGGCAUUGUUUAUGCAUUGCUUAUCAAGCAGAGGACUAGGAUACUGUAAUAUUUGCAUUGCUGUUGUCUUGACCUUUGCCAGUAGAAGAUCCGGAUGAUGAAGAAAGAUGAGCCACAUAUUUUUUUUUUAUUGCUUAAACACAAAAAUGUGGAGUAACCCAGUUUGUGAAACCUUAAACUCAAACCACUACACACAGUUGUUUGGUAAAUACUAAUCACACGUCCCUACUUCAGACACAAAAAUCUAACAAAAUAACACUCCUUUGCCAUUUCAAGAUACUGCCUUUCAAAAUUCACCUAUCAGACCUCUAUAAGCCCUGACCCAACCUGCCUUACACAGAAAUGGAAAGUAGCCAACAAUGCAGUGAGAGGAAGAGGAAGAGGAAGAAUUAGGAUGACAGGGGGAGCCCAUAGCUGUGUAGAGAGAGGGAAAUGCUUAUGGGGACGUGCUGCAAGCACGGUCACUGUAGUGCGUUCUCUUAAGAAUAUGUUUUGCCACUGUUUCAUCUGACAAAGUGUCUGUAGUAUUCUGCUACUAUGGUGUAGGAUUGUGUUAAAGGAGAAUUCCGGUGUGAAAUUGAGCUUAACUGUACCGAAACAUGUUAAGGUGUACUCACACGUGUUUUAGACGCACUUUCACUCACCCCCAGCAUUCUGAACUCCUCCGUUUUCAGCCUAGCUUACAGUAGGCUUGAAGCUAUUAGAUUGGGCAUUACGUAGCCUAUGCAGCUAAAUCGCUAUUUUUAAACCAUUAAAAAGGUCCCAAGUAACUCCACACUGCAUUGGUAGACUUCUGAGGGUCCUGACAUUUAAAACGAGAUACUGAGAACUUUGGA